AUGACCGCCGUGCUGAGAGGUGCGAUUGGCUUGAUUAGAGAGAAAGGCCUCGGAGGUUUCUUCAGGGAGCUCCGAUCUGAAGGAUACCUGAGUGCACUUCUGGAUGGGAAUCUUAUGUUCUUGGUGUUGUUGGUAAAACUUGAAGCUAAGUCUGAGCUUCAAACACAGUUUAAAAGUGAUCACAUAUCUGCCAAAAUUGUGAUUAUUAUUGGACUAUUGGAGUUUGAUUUGUCUUUUACUGCUAUCAAGGCUAUUCAAGGGAGACACAGGUGGGUGGAGUAUGCUUCAAAGAACCGCUACAAUGCUUCUCAAGUCCCACCUGAAUGGCACGGCUGGUUACAUUACAUAACUGAUCAUACAGGGGACGAGAAUUUGGGCGGCCACCGGGCGAGCCAUAACAAGUCCAAUCCGAAUUAUUCCCUGACGACCGGAGAAGAAGGUGGAUCGAUUUUGUCUGCCGCCGCCGCCGAUGUUUCUCCCCCGCAAUUGAUAGGUAAGAGUUUGAAUGUAGAGAGCAAAGUGAAAAUUCACGAGUGCUCCAUCUGUGGAUAUGAAUUCGGGUCGAGGCAGGCACAGGGUGGCCACAUGAGAAAGCGCAGGGCCGCGAGCAACAACGGCAACGCUAACAAAAGCGCCAAUGACUGCGAGUCGUCUCUCGAUGAAGUAGGCGAGAGAGUAGGGAACCUGGCAGUUGUCGAUUUCGAUCUUCCCCAAAUUUCCUCAAACCCUAGAUUGAAGUUAAAAGUUAAUCGGUAUUUCCAGUGUAUUCGGUUUUUUCAAGUUAAAUUGCUUCUGCUGAAGCCAAAGAGAUAUGGCGUUGAGCACAAAGAGAACUUUUCAGGCGAGGGAGAUGAAUAUAUUUAUCACUCGAAAGGUCAUACCCUUAACCCUGGUCAACGAGACUGGACCAGGUACCAACCCUGGCAACCCAAGAAGGCAUAG